AUGGCGAGCGCGCAGCCUCCCGACGAGAACAAGGCCGUUGCGAAUCGCGCGGCCGACGUCGAUACCGGCGUCAUUGCGCCUGCGGAUGCGCCAAAGAGAUCUCCGUGGAAGGCGUGGAUGUACCUCUGGGAGUGGUAUCCCAAGCACUAUCCCCCGGAAGAAAGGAAGCUUUUGAGGAAAAUGGACGCCUGCCUCCUGACUUUCUGCUCCUUCAUGUUCUUCCUCAAAUGGCUCGACUCUUCAAACAUUAAAAACGCGUACGUGUCCGGCAUGAAGGAAGAGCUGCAUCUGUAUGGAAAUGAGUACUCGCUCUUCGACACGUUCUACAAUGUCGGCUAUCUGGUCUUCCAGGUCCCGUCGCUGCUAUUCCUUUCCCGACCCAAGCUUGCAAAGUACUACCUGCCCACCAUGGAAGUGCUCUGGUCUAUUGUGACGUUCUGCCAGAGCCAGAUGCGGAGCAGAAACGACAUAUAUGGCACUCGCUUCUUGCUGGGUCUCCUGGAGACUCCCGUAGCCUCCGGUACGACGUACGUUCUCGGUUCUUGGUAUAGGCCGGAAGAAGUUUUCAAGCGCACCGGAGUCUGGUACGUGUCUAACAACAUUGCCGUCAUGUUCGGUGGCUAUCUGCAGGCUGCGGCCUACAAGAAUCUCAAUGGGGUUCACGGCAUGUCCGGAUGGCGUUGGCUGUUUAUUAUCGACGGUGUAAUCUCCCUGCCAAUUGCUCUUGCGGGAUAUUUGAUUUUCCCCGGCCUUCCGAGUAGCAAGAAGCCGUGGUGGCUCACGAGCAAGGAACACGCAUUGGCUCGGUCGCGCAUGAUCAAUGCCGGUGUAAAUCCUAGCCAAGACCUAAGCUGGGCCGUGGUAAAGCGCACGCUUACGCGCUGGGAAUUCUAUAUUGGUGUCCUCUGCUACACCUUCUUCCUAUCGUCAUCCUACCCUCAUGGCCAGAUGGCCAUCUGGCUCAAAGACCUGGCGGCUAAACACCCGGGUGCGUACACGGUACCUCAGAUCAACACGAUUCCUACUGGUGCCCAAGGCGUCUCCGUGUUUGCCGCUAUACUCGCCACGUCGCUCUGCAUAGUCUACCCUCUCUGGUCCAUCUUUUCCAUUGUACAGGCCAUAUACAUGGUCGCCAACAUCUCGCUGCUGGUCUGGAACAUCCCCAAAGGCUGGCACUUUGCCUGCUACUACCUCCUCGGAGUCUCUGCAGCAAUCACACCCAUCCUCAUGCCCUUUAUCAACAUGGCGCUGCGCGACGACGCCGAGGCACGCGCCGUCACCGUCGGCGCAAUGCUGACUGCAGGAUGGGCCGUGUUUUCCUUCUACCCCAUUACCGUGUUUCCCAUUGUCGAAGGCCCGAGAUGGACAAAGGGGUACGCGGUCAAUAUUUGCUUCAUCGUCGCCUGCUGGGCUACCUUCCUCGUCAUGCAGUAUCUGUAUAAGAAGAGCGAGAAUAGGCAGCUCCCGCAUGUGGGCGGAGGACCUGACAAUGACGACGAGGAGCGCAUGAGCGGUGUGGAUGUCAAGAAUGGCGUGCAGAUGGAGGUGGAGCAUACUGACCUGCGCAAGUAG